CUGGCGGCGUUGGCGCUGCUGUGCGCGGGCUGGCUCAAGGCGGUGCGGCUGGCGCGCGCGCUGCCGGGCCCGCCCACGGUGCCUCUGCUGGGCAACGCGCUCACCAUCACCAACCACGAAGAGCUAAUGCACCUGGGACGAACGGCAUACGAACUUUUCGGAGGUGUCUUUCGCGCUUGGGUGACGAUUUUCCCUAUGUUCGUUGUUCUGGAACCGGAAGCCAUUCAGAAAAUUCUUAGUAGCCAAAAACACACGGAGAAAAUAUCUCUGUACAGGUUGCUGCACAAUUUCUUGGGUCAAGGACUCAUAACAAGCAGUGGUGAAGAAUGGCAUACGCAUCGGAAAUUAAUACAACCCAGUUUUCACAUUAAUAUACUCGAAGGGUUUGUGACGACAUUUUACGAUUGUGCCAACAUAUUUGUGAAUCGUUUACAACCAACUGGCCCAAAAGGAGUGAACAUAACAUCAUAUAUUAACAACUGCGUCCUAAACAUUCUUAAUGAAUCCGUUUUGGGGAUUCCUGUAGACGAAAAAGAAACCAAAGCUGUCUCUGAAACACCGUUUCGAAAAGGAAAAGUUGUAGUACCCCAUCGGCUGGUGAGGCCCUGGUUGUUACUGAACUGGGUGUACAAACUUACUGAAGAUGCCAGAAAAGAGAUGCAACAUAAGAAUGAUAUUAUUGAGUUUGCAAAAAAGGCCCUGGAAGAAAGACGAAAAUUGAGGAAAGAAGCCAAAGUAUCGUCGACAGCCAACCCUGAAAAAAAAUGUCUUCUGGAUUUCCUUAUUGGAAUUAAUGAAAAUAAUGAAGAUUUCACAGAUGAAGAUAUAGUCAAUGAAGUUUGUACUUUCAUGCUUGCGGGCCAGGAUUCAGUGGGUGCAGCGCUGGCGUUUGCUGUCAUAAUGCUAGCCAAGCAUCAGGAAGAACAAGAGAGAGUAGUGGAAGAACUGGAAAGCAUCUUCAAUGGUUCCGAUCGUAUUCCAACUCGUCAAGACCUCGCCGCGAUGCGUUAUUUGGAACAGUGCCUCAAGGAAACACUUCGGCUUUACCCUAGUGUGCCGAUAAUGGCCCGUCGGUUGGGACACGACGUCACAAUAGGCAAGCAUACUCUUCCUAAGGGCGCGGAAAUUCUCAUUAGCCCAUUCGCCGUUCAUCGCCUAAAGCACAUAUAUGCAAAUCCAGAAACGUUUGACCCUUCUCGUUUCUGUUAUAAAUUUUCCAUGAUGGAAAUGAAAACAGUAUUGUCGGUAUUACUUCGGAAGUACAAACUGGAGCCUGUGCCGGGAAAAGACGUGGUGGAUCUGAAGUACCGCCUCACGCUGCGCAGCAAAGGCGGCGUGUGGGUGAAACUGAGUCCUCGGGAGCCCCUGUAGUAGGAAGAAGCAACAGGUGGUGACCAAGAGGAGCGGAGCAGCCACCAGUGAAACCAGUCAGCCAUUCCAGUCACCUGUAGUGUUCCAGAUUUAUUCAGCAUUUCAUACGACAAACAUUCUUGUAUCACGAGCAACUUCUGAUACGGAAUGUUGCUCCCGAAUUUCCUCUUCGUAUUUAUGUCGUUUUCUAUUAUCCUACAAGAAGCCGGUUGAAUAAUUCAUCUGCAAUUUACAUGAUAGAAUUUUUGGACACAACAUAUGUCACGCCCGCGCUAAUGGUGGAUUAGAACCUCAGUAAAAAUAUCAGAUAAGAUCACCAUACAUUUGAUAGUUUUAAUAUUUUCUUUUAAAAUAUUUUCAAUGGAGGAACCAUAGUUCAUGUUUUCAUAUGGUUCCAUUGUUCAACAUAUCACUUCCGGGACGUCGGAAUUAUGUAUUAAUAUGGCUUGAUAGUCCUCAACUCCCUGAAAAUUUGAAAGAGGAGCUCACUGAAAAGCCGGGAGAUCAAUGAACAAAGUGUAAAAAUUAUCUGCUACCUAAAAAUUGACUUGCGUUUUUUCUAAUUAACGAUCAUUUUAAAACCAGAGAAAAAUAUUUUAAAUGACAGUUGUGAUGCCGUUGUUAUAUUUCCCCUCUCAUUGCGAGGAUUCCCGAUGUCUCUUUUUAUUAUUCUUUUGUCAUUUAUUAACGCCAUCGCUCAAAAUGUGAUUUGGCAGUGCCGAUGCCGUGUUUCAUUCACUAAAAAGGUCUACUGUAUUCUUAUUCUAGUCUUCGAAUUCUAAUUUUAACAUUCAUACAGAGAGAAUGUUUAUUAAUAAUUUCAUAAUGAUGUAAAUAACACUCAUUAUCUUGAACCAAAUACUUCCAUUUUGUUUUAAUUUGCACUCCUUUACUAUUUAAGGUCUACGGCAUGCUUAUAUAUUCAAAACAUACUAUGGUAAAAUAAGGGUUAAAAGCAAAUAAUUGGAGAAAGAUUGACUGAUUGAAUGCAUAAAGUUCGAAUGAGUGUCAUGAUUAAAUUUCAAAAUGAUUUCUGUUACGGUUGAUACAAAUAAAUGAUUAUGUAUAUUCAGACGUUAUCAAUACAAAAAUGACAAAUUGUCAAUUUAACAAUUAUUCAAUUUACAAUUAUUAUUUGUCAAGGUCUCUUAAUAUAAAUCCAACAAUAUAUUUUAGUGUGAUUUUAGUAAAGAGUAAUGGAUUGCAACACAAAUGGAGGGCAGUAAGACCUUUCAAACACCUAUGCUUUGAAGUGUAUGAAGAAUCCCAUGACAAAUAGAAAACAUCUGCAAAACACUUGUAAUCGAAAUCACAACAGAAUCACAUGGAAGAAGGAUUCAGUUACGAUACAUCAUUAGUAAUGGUUUUUGGAGUGUAGACAGUGGUGUUUAUUACUCUCUAAAUAAUAAAAUAAAUGUUUUAUUGAAAAAUUUGCAAUGAGAAAUAAUUAAUUUAAUCAAUAUUAGUAGCAAUAAAAUAAACCUAAAGGUGAUGCAUUCAAUAUUUAUUACAAUUUCAUCUGAUUUAUUUAAACAUAAUGAACUAUUUAACUAAAUUGUGAACUUUAUCAUUUCUCAAGCCUCGGCAAUAACAAAUUAGUCUUCUGUGAUAUCUUCAUCUCCAAUGUUGGUAUUUGCUUACGUGUGAAAGAUCAGCAACGAUAGUCUACAAGGCAAUCUUAUUCAUAAAUAUGUAGACUUAAUGGAAAUAUUAGUGAAAUGUGCAUGAUAGAAUUGUACAUUAAAUGAAUAUGUUAUACAGUAUUUUACAAAUUAAUGUUGAAAGUAAUUCAUAUCUUCUGUAGAAAAAAGUGUAUAAGUUAUUUAAUUGUGGACCAUCAAUUAUAAAUAAUUACAUAUAUUUAUAAUGUCGAUAUAUUAGAGAUAAAUAAAUUAAUAAUAC